AUGAACACCUGUGUCCUCUGCCCUGCUGGGAGAGCACAGCCCUGCUCCUGCUCAUACCUCAGAGCUGCUGCCCAGCAGCCCCAGCUAGUGGACCCAGAGGCUUGGAAGGAUGCUGGUCUCCCGCUCUCAACCACAAGCAAUGAAGCCUGCAAGCUGUUUGAUGCCACCCUGACCCAGUAUAUCAAGUGGACCAAUGACACGAGUCUUGGUGGCAUUGAGGGCUGCCUGUCAAAGCUCAAGGCAGCAGAUCCAACCUUUGCCAUGGGUCAUGCCAUCUCUAACGGCCUUGUGCUCAUUGGCACAGGAAGCUCUGUGAAGCUGGACAAGGAUCUGGACCGGGCUGUGAAGAUGAUGGUGGAGAUCUCCAAAACCCAGACUCUGACACCUCGGGAGCAGCUGCAUGUGUCUGCAGUGCAGACAUUUGCCAAGGGGAACUUCCCCAAGGCCUGUGAUCUCUUGGAGCAGAUCCUUCAGGACCACCCAACAGACAUACUGGCCCUGAGGUUUGCCCAUGAUGCCGACUUUUACCUGGGCCAACAGGAGCAGAUGCGGGAUUCUGUGGCUCGAAUUUACCCCUUUUGGAAACCUAACGUCCCUCUUAACAGCUACGUGAAAGGCAUCUAUUCUUUCGGACUGAUGGAAACCAACUUCUAUGACCAGGCACUAAAGCUUGCCAAAGAGGUGAGUGGGCCCUUCUCAAGAGCCGAGAUCAAGGACGGCAUGGAGUUCAUGAAGAACACCGAAGGCCACUGGAAGGAUUGUGAUAUGCUCGCUUGCCAUAAUUAUUGGCACUGGGCCCUGUACUUGAUUGAGAAGGGAGACUAUGAGGCUGCACUAACCAUCUAUGACAGCCAUAUCCUCCCCAGCCUUCAGGCCAGUGGUACCAUGCUGGAUAUGGUGGACAGCUGCUCCAUGCUCUAUCGUCUUCAGAUGGAAGGGGUGUCCCUUGGCCAGCGCUGGCAGGCUGUCCUCCCAGUCACAAAGAAGCAUACCCGAGACCACAUCCUUCUUUUCAAUGACGCUCACUUCCUGAUGGCCUCCCUGGGUGCACGGGACCUCCAGACCACACAGGAGCUGCUGACCACCCUGCAGGAGGCCAGCAAGUCCCCUGGGGAGAAUUUCCAGCACCAUUUGGCACAAGAUGUGGGUCUGCCCCUGUGCCAGGCCCUUGUGGAAGCUGAGAAUGGGAAUCCUGACCGAGCCCUAGAACUUCUCUUGCCAAUCCGCUACCGAAUUGUCCAGAUUGGGGGCAGCAAUGCUCAGAGAGAUGUCUUCAACCAGCUGCUGAUCCAUGCGGCCAUCAACUGCACCUCCAGCGCCCAUAAGAAUGUGGCCCGGAGCCUUCUGUUGGAGCGUGAUGCCUUGAAACCCAACUCACCCCUGACUGAGAGGCUCAUCCGCAAGGCAGCUACUGUCCAUCUUAUGUAGUGACCCGGGCCAAGUCCUUGGUCUACAGCUCAGCAAUGACUUCCUGGCAUUGGGUUGACUUGUCUGGUUGGGUUAGGGUUUAGAAACAGAGGAUGAGGUUCAGUCCUGAGCAGAAUCCUCCAAAUCAGUAGUUUGGUAGAAAUAGGGGAUACAAGUUAAUUUUGAAUGUUAUUCGGACCUCUCAGGGCCAACAUGCAUUUUAAGCCUCUGGAACCCAAGCAGUGCUAUUAUUUGUAGAUGCCUUGAACACUGGAUUUUCUUGUUCUGAGGCUGGCAGUCAGAGCAGAGCUGUGGCCAGCUCAGCUGAGAGGUAUAGAAAUGCCUUCCACAUAUAACGGGUACUAGUGAAAGCUUUUCAUUUAUUUUUUCUUAUUUUCUAUACAGGUUCUGCUGUCCCAUUUCCCUGGGGGUGGGGAACUCCAGUGAGCUGCCUGGGGUCCCAUCAAGCAGCGGAUUUUACCUUUGAGUGGGGGAGGGGACUCUGCUUCAUUGGCUUUAGUUGUCAGCCCCAGACACCAUCCUGCCACCAUCCCCAAAGAUGAGGGUUAGGAUGGCUCCUGUGUCCCUGGGGGGAAUUGGUGGUGCUGACUGGAGCUUCUCUGAAACUGCACAUGGGAGUGAAUCUUGAGGGGUGUGGCUUCCCUGGCAGACUUGAUUCUGCUCCUAUGAGUAGGUCUGAGCCCUGAGCCCAGAGCUGCUCUGCUGUGGCAAAUAACCAGAACCCUGACAUGGCUGCCACAAGACUUCAACCCAUCUCCUGCUUCCGUGACUGGGACAUCCUCCUGGAAGUGCUGGUGCAGGCUUGAUGCUUCCUCUGGAAGGGCAGGUGCAAAUGCAAAAAUGUUCCUCAGGUCCCUUCAGUUCCCACUCAAGUGUGGAUUGAUUGGGCAGGCCUCCCAGGGGAUACAGAGGUUUCCAUACUCCCCAAGUUUUGCUCAGUCUGCCCAGACCUGGACAAAUUCUGGGCAUUAAAAUCAUCUAAUUGGUUCCUGUGACUACUCGUACCUAUGGGCACCUGUGAGCAUCAAUCUCCUAGGUGCCAGAUUUGCAUUGGGUUCUGGGGCAAUGGACUACUCCUUCAAUUAUCAAUGGAGGGGGCAGUAAGUCAAGAAAAUGUCUAAUUGCUGUAGGGUUUUAAGAGGUACUGUCUCUCUAUCCAGGAGCCUGGGACCGGUGCCAAGGGAGGCGGUUCCUCACAUUUUUUUAUUACCUGAGUCCAAGUAAUAAUGAUUUCCCCAGGAAGCAGAAGCCUUCCUCCCUCUUUCAGGGAGCCUGUCACCCUGGCUGUGGGCUGGCGACAAUGCCUUCUCUUUGCCUGACGGCCCUCAGCACCUGCUCUUGCUAUUACACCACUUUCUGCUAUGAUUUCUCUCUGGUCAGGAAGCGUAAGCUCUGUACCACCCAGCUACUCAGUGGCUUCCACUGAAUCCCUGCCUGUAAAAGCUGGUGUGUAGGCUUUAAUGAAGGAGGGCAUGAAUCUACCCAGGACAGGUGCUGGUUUCAAGUCAAAGUGUGUGUGUGUGUGUGUGUGUGUGUGUGUGUGUGUGUGUGUGUGUGUGUGUCUGUCUGUCUGCCUGUCUGUCUGUGUGUAAAGAGAUGGCUUUAUGGUUAAAAGCACUUGCUGCUCUUCUAGAGGACAAGAGUUCAGUUCCCAGCACCCAGGUGGCAGCUCACAACUGCCUGUAACUCCAGCCUCGGGGGAUCUGACACCCUCUUCUGGCCACUGUAGGACCUGCAUACCUGUACUACCUGUACAUAUUCACAUCAAGAAAAAAAAGGAAUAAAAGUAUAUUUUUAAAAGCCCA